CGUGAGGUAAGCACCUGCAGUCAGAAAUCCUAUACCUAUUAGGUACGGGCCAGAUGCCACUACCUAGGGUUUAGGUUAGGUACCUAACCUAGGUAGGUACAUAAGGUAGGUACCUUCCACUAAUGUCCUCGUCUUUUCAGCUCUCCUUCCGUUGAUUACCUACAAAUAUCUCUCACGUUCAACCGCAAUUACAAGAGCUGCUUCAUAAUUAAUACUACCUGUUACACUUUUCAAACUCAGGAAUUAAGAAUAUCACCAAUUUUACCUAUUUAAAGCAAUGGCCUCUCCCUCAGUAGAACCCAAUGAUCUCUUCGGAGUCAAAGGGUUAGUCGUCGUUGUAACGGGAGGGGGAAGCGGUAUUGGUCUCAUGAUGGUAAAUGCCCUGGAGAGCAACGGUGCGAUUGUCUACGUUAUUGGUCGCCGCAAGGAGACUCUAGAGAAAGCUGCUGCCACUGCUAAGCAUGGAAACAUUCGAAUAAUCCAAGGCGAUGUGUCUAACAAGGCCGACCUUGAACGGGCCGUCGCCGAGAUCAAGUCAGCAGUAGGAUAUGUCAAUGUUGUUGUAGCAAAUUCUGGUGUAUCAGGCCCUACGAUGGGCGCAUUGCCGCAAAACCCCAGUAUUUCGGAUUUCCGCAACUUUGUUUUCGGCUGGGAUACGGCUGAAUUCAAUAACACAUAUGCCAUAAACUCUACAGGCGUGUUUUUCACCGUCGCUGCAUUCCUAGAGCUUCUCGACGAAGGAAACAAGCGUGGAAAUCUGAAGCAGAAGAGCCAGGUUAUAGCGACGUCCAGCAUUGGAGCAUACAACAGAAUCCCUGCUGCUGGAUACGCAUACGGAAGCUCUAAGGCUGGAGUGGUCCAUAUGAUGAAGCAGCUGGCAACCGCUCUUGUGCCGUAUGGCAUUCGAUCCAAUGUCAUCGCCCCAGGAUUCUACCCAAGCGAAAUGACCGAGCCUCUGCUGCAAAACCGACCAACUCAGGAGUGGCCCAAGAGCAUUGUUCCCGAGCAGAGACUUGGUGAUCAGGAAGAUGUUGCCGGCGCGAUUCUGUUCUUGGUGAGCAAGGCUGGCGCUUAUAUCAAUGGAAACGUGCUGGUGACAGACGGAGGACGAUUAGGCGUUGUACCUGCCGCGUAUUAAAAUGAUUUAGAAUGUCUUGAAGAUAUAGCUAUUACUAUAGCCUGAAAAGGGGCUCCUGCUGAGUCGCUUGCAACAUGAAGAUUUAGAUACACUAAAUAGGUAUGCUAUAGCUUCUGAGUAUUCCAAUUAGUUAGCUCCCAAUGCUACAGUCACAUCUCCCCAUUUCUCAUCAUGAACUAUCGGGAUUUUCUAACCAAGUUGCAAGCUUUUCUCCUCCCCUCGGGAUAAAUCUAGCGCGCCACCCGCGUGGGGUGCCAACAAAGGCCAUGCCUUGUAACCCCUUAAUCGGAUCAAUUGCCUCUAUUGUUUCUCCUUCAGCUGGUAGGAUACGGAAAUGUGCAAUUAGGUGCAAGAACACCGUGUAUAAAGCAUUAUGAGCCAGAUGCGAUGCCACGCACAUACGCCCACCGAUUCCAAAUGCGAAUUGGUGGGCGUGUGCAUUAGAAGAAUUUUGCAGCCAGCGCUCGGGGAUAAACGUUUCUGGUUCAGUGAAGAGUUCCGGAUCUGGAGUGGAGGACUUAGUUUCAAGCGGACAGUCAAGUUUAUGUAGUCGUCGGAAGAUUUAAGACGUACCUCGAUUACAAGCCCAG